CUAGAGCCCGCCUCUCGUUACUCGCCUAUUGGUCAGCUAUAUGAAGGCUUUGAAAGGCAAUUGGCUGACGUUCAGACGCUGGCUGUCCGGUGACGCCGAGCUGUGUGAGGACCGAGCCGUAUAGUCAGCGGCGUUGGAGGCUCCGGGUAUUACCGGGAUACCGAGUGGCAGGAAUGGGUCAGGAGUCCUGUAGACCUGCCUGGCCAAAACCAUCGGGGGGCUAUCAGACAGUCACAGGGAGGAGAUAUGGAAGACGUCAUGCAUAUAUCAGCUUUCGACCAGCUCUGGAAAGUCCACUUAGAACUUCAGCACAUCAAGAGAAAGAAAGCGAAGGACUGGAACUGGACAGUGUGCAGAUCGAGAAGGAUUUAAUUUCCAAGGGAAGCCAUGACUCCUCACUCUCCUCACUUGGUAGUGUUGUAUCCGCUGAUUUGAAGGAAGAUAGGAGAACUUUGGAUGUUAAUGACUGUUUGCCUGUGUUUACUGAAGCUAAGAAAAAUGCCAUUUCCCCUUUUCCUAUGUCAGAGCAUGUACUAAGAUGUCAGGCUUUAAAUAAUAGCACAGACUGCAGGAAAAGCAGAAGAACCUUUGUCAAGCAUGCAUCAGUGGAUCAUCCCCACCACUCCCCCAAAAAUGCGAUUUCAUUUGUGAAUAUUGACUCUUUCGAGCCAGACAGCAGUGAAGGGGAGGAAUGUGUUGGCUUAGGUGAUGAAUAUGUAAAUCUGGAAACUGAGAAACAAAGAAAAUCUUUAAACCUCAUGCUUCCAGAAUGCUACAAUAAACCCUAUAGUGAUAUGUCAGACCCUUAUAGCCUAAAUAAUGAAUGUCCAAAAGACAGUUUAUCUCAGGUAAAGUCUACUUCCUUAGCCAAAUAUACCAGUAUAGAUAUGUGCACAACACCAUGGAGUUUGUCAAGCUCCGUGUCGGAGGAUAAUGCCACCGCAGUUAACCAUGUGAAUCUGUGUGAUGGGCAGCAAAAGCAGGAGGAUCCUCAGUCAGCCGUUAAAAGCAGUAUAAAGGAUUGUAAUGAAAUGAGUACAGACAGCAAUAAGUCUGACCUCCCAAAUGAGCCUGUUGUGAGACCAAAAAUUCGAAAGCAGGUUCCAGCAAGUUCUUCCAAGAAAAACCAAUUGUCAGAAGAAAAUUCAGCUAGAAAAGAGGCCAAAAUUUCUAGAAAAGGAAACCGUGAAACAUACGUCAAAGUAGAAAAGAACAGCAAGGACGAAAAGACCCCCCACAAUAAAGAAUCUAACACCACUAAUGUGGAUGGUGCCUGGAAGAAAGGAGAUAAGGAUUUAGUAACACUCCAAGAAGAGAAGCCUUUAGUGGAUGAUACGUUUUGGGAUGACUUUGAGUUCUAUGGGAUGAAGCUUCCUGAUUGCCCAAAGGAUGAUGACAGGCAGUAUACUGUAUACGUGAAGGUCUUCUCAAAAAUGUUUGCUAUAUCUAAGAAUGUAAAGAAGGUUAACCGCUUGCAGCCAGGGUAUUGCAGCUUAGGUCAGCUCUCCCUUUGCUCCUAUUGCAGUGAUGGAGAGUGGUCUACGUGUUUACCUUCAUAUUUCUCUCGUGAUAAAGACCGUUCCUCUAGUGAGGAGAGCUGGGAGACUUUGCCUGGAAAAGAAGAGCAAGAGGUUCAGAGCAAUAGCAGCAGUCUGGAAGAUGAAAACUCAGAGUUUUGCUUCCAGGUUGAGGAGCAAAACUCUUUGGAAGAAGGUGAAAUCCCUUGGUUACAGUAUCGUGAGGACAUCGAAAGCAGCACAGAUGAGGAAAAUGAAAUCGGACCCCAUUAUUUGCCACCAGGAUUUUUUAUUUUGGAUGGGAAUAAUAAUUUGGAAGAUGACUCGAGUAUGAGUGAAGACUUGGAAGUUGAAUGGAGGUUGCUGGAUGACUUUGGAGAUGGUAUUGGUGUAGCUCAAGCUAUGUCAUACAUGGAUUCUCAGUUUCUUACAUAUAUGGCUCUUGAAGAGAGGCUUGCACAGGCUAUGGAGACUGCUUUGGCACAUUUGGAGUCUCUAGCAGUAGAUGUUGAACAAGCUCACCCUCCAGCUACAAAGGAAAGCAUUGAGUGUCUCCCACAAAUCAUUGUCACAGAUGAUCACAACAUUGUAGGUCAAGAGCAGUGCUGUGCCAUAUGUUGUAGCGAGUAUAUCAAAGAUGAAAUAUUAACAGAGCUCCCUUGUCAUCACCUCUUCCAUAAGCCUUGCGUGAUAUUGUGGUUACAAAAAUCUGGAACAUGCCCUGUGUGCCGUCACAUCCUGACAUCUCUGCUUCCUGAAGCUGCUGCAGCCACUUCCUUCCUAACGGACCAUGACAGCCCCCCAUCAAUUCAUAAUGCAGCAGGAACCCGAUAAAAUUCAUAUACUAACCAAAUGCUGUAGAUUGUUUUUCUUUUAAAUUAUAUUGUAUGAACAUGCUAGUUUAUGUACACACCCACUAAGACUCGAAAAAAUGUAAAAAAUAUAUAUAUAAAGCCUAAUGUUUAUUAGUUUAGAUCAGCUUGAAGGCUCUGAAAGCAAUGCUUAUGUAUAUAACUUUAGUUCUGAAAGAUUGUUGAGUUAUGUUGGAAAGAUUGCAAGAUAUACAUGCUGCUUAAAGGGGUACUCCGGAGGAAAUGAUUGUUUUUUUUUUUUUUUAAUCAACUGGUGCUAGAAAGUUAAACAGAUUUGUAAAUUACUUCUAUUAAAAAAUAUUUACCCUUCCAGUACUUUUUAGCAGCUGUGCUACAGAGGAAAUUAUUUUUCUUUUUUAAUAUAGUUUUUUGUCUUGUCCACAGUGCUCUCUGCUGACACCUCUGUCAGUAUCAGGAUUUGUCCAGAGCAGGAGAAAAUUCCCAUAGCAAACCUAUGCUGCUCUAGACAGUUCCUGACACUGACAGAG